AUGAGUUACCUUCAUACUGAGUAUCGCAAGUUCCUGGCGAACCCUAGGUCCGCCAAAGUCGCCGACAAUGUCUCAUUACUCUAUGUCGCGUCUACCACCAAGUUCGAGGGCAGCGACUCGGUCAUUACCCACCUGUCGCGCCAACCGGGCAUUGUGAAGAAGAAGUCGGAGAACGUGAUCAAUGCGAUUGAGGCUUCCGACUCGUUGGUGUUGGAUAUUGAGACUACACUGGAGUUCCUCGAAGGCGGCGGGGCCUAUCUCCCCUCCCUCGACGAUAAUUUCCUGGUCGAUCGCGUCGUCACCAUCCCCACGCUCCACAUCGUCCACUGGAACGCUGAACACGAGAUUUCCCAAGUUCGCAUCUACUGGGACCAAGGCUCUCUUUUGAAGGAAGUCGAAAUUAUCGGCUCGCGCAGUCGAGGCUGGCCUAUUCGCGCCGGCGCAGAGCAGACUCGUUUCCUCAAAUCCGCUGCGGAUGCUAAAUCCGCUCCUCCUCCAGCUCCCUCCCAGAACGGCUUAAAAGAAGCUCCAGCACGACCUGGCUCCCCCGGAAAGCGACACAUCAGGGAUCCUUAUGCGGCCGACUCCCUGUUCGACCUCCUCUCACCAAGCAAGGCUGCCGCCGCAAACGACACAGACAAUGUCCCGCGCCCUUCCUCCCCUGGCAAGAAACACAGAAAAGAUCCAUAUGCCGCUGACUCCUUGACCGAUCUGUUGUCACCUUCCAAGCAGAAUGAUGCGCCUAUUCGCCCAUACGCGGCUUCUUCCGUGAAGCCCCCUACCCGCGACUUGUCUGACCUGUUCAUUGACGAGGAGACUCCUGGUACCCCCUCCAAGUCCGAGAGGGUCAUUGCGCCCAAGGGCGGUGCUGGUAGGGCUCACGAGAACCGUAUCUUUGGCAGUGAGGAUACUCUUGAUCCAAGUCGUGCCGCAUACAAAUCGAACCCCACGCGAUUCAACCACUUCGAGAUUGGAGCCGAUGACUUCAAUACCCCCCAGAAGCCCACUCGUGCCCCACUCAGCGAACAGGCGCAGAACUUUGGCUAUAGCGAGACAGCAGAGGAACCUACUCCCCCUCCCCGCCAACAUGUAGUCAAGCCCCGCCGCGACGCGGAUGUGCACUUUGAAAUGACCGACAAAGCCGAAGGGGAUGAUGGCCGCAUUAUCAGCUCUUACCAGAACCGUGGCAAGGGUUUAUACGAGAACCGCCUUUUCGGCGAUGAGGGUGAAGCUAUGCCCAGUGAACGGGAGACCAAAAACAACCAACCUCUAUCAGUUGCCCAGUCUAAGGUUCAAGCCGAGAACACUAAGCCUCUCAUCUCGCACCGCCAGAAGGCUAUCAAUGGCUUGCAGUCUUCAUGGGAUAACUACCCAGAUUCCCCUGUUGUUCAGCGUACAGUGACAUCCUUACACAACCCUGCCCGUCACAACCAGCCUUCCUGGUCUUAUGGCAAUGACGAUUAA